CGUUGCAAGAGCCUUCUAAGAAAUCAUCACCUACUAUAACUAAAGAACUUCAUCGAGUUAAUUCUAUGAGCAGAGAAAUUAUUUCAACUGAUAAAGCCCCCCAAGCCAUUGGCCCUUAUUCACAAGCGGUUAAAGUGGGCAGCAUUGUUUAUUUGUCAGGGCAAAUCCCCCUAGUUCCUGAAACGAUGCAACUUGUCGAGGGUGAUAUUGCCGAGCAAACGCGUCAAAUCUUCCGUAAUCUAGCGGCGGUUGCGGAAGCGGCAGGCGGUACGCUCAAUGACUUUGCCAAGGUGAAUGUUUUCUUGACGGAUCUCAGCAACUUCGCUGCCGUUAAUGAGGUGAUGGCAGAAACUUUCUCUCAGCCUUACCCUGCGCGUGCGGCCAUUGGCGUCGCGGCUUUACCCAAGGGCGCUGAAGUAGAAGUGGAUGGUAUUAUGAGCAUAGAAGCAUAG